GACCGCUUCACCCUCUUUUCUCCAUUACUUUCUUUUUUUUUGCAUCCACUUCAGCAUGGCCGAAUCAUACUUGCCCGUUAAGAUUGCCGUUAUCGGUGGCAGUGGACUCUACAACCUUGAGGGUCUCGAGGUCGUUGCCGAGGUCAACCCUGAGACCCCCUGGGGCAAGCCCAGUGAUGCCAUCGUCAUUGCCCGCACGAGCGCUGGUCAGCAUGUGGCGUUCCUAGCCCGCCACGGCCGCGGCCACUACCUCACCCCAUCCGAGGUCCCCGGCCGUGCCAACAUCGCAGCCCUCAAAUCCCUCGGUGUCGAGAUCAUCAUUGCCUUCUCCGCCGUCGGUUCCCUGCGCGAAGAACUCAAGCCCCGAGACUUUGUUCUCCCCUCCCAGAUCAUCGAUCGCACCAAGGGGAUCCGUCCGUCGACGUUCUUUGAAGACGGCAUCGUGGCCCAUGCCAUGUUUGCGGACCCCUUCUCGGCCGUUCUCGAGGACGAGAUCUGGAAGCAGCGCGAGGUGAUCGAGGGCGGAGACUUUCAUCGUCAAAAGACCCUCGUAUGCAUGGAGGGCCCUCAGUUCUCGACCCGGGCCGAGUCCCACAUGUACCGUGCCUGGGGCGGCGAUCUGAUCAACAUGAGUGCCCUGCCCGAGGCUAAGCUGGCGCGCGAGGCCGAGAUUGCGUACCAGAUGAUUUGCAUGUCGACGGAUUACGACUGCUGGAAGGAGCAUGAGGAGGCCGUCACGGUCGAGGCUGUGGUCGCGAACUUGAAGGCCAAUUCGAACAAUGCUCAGCGAUUGCUCGCCGCCAUCUUGCCGGGGCUGCAGAACUUGAUCGAGAGCGGAAGGGCUACGGAAGGGCUGAAGGGAAGCAUGCGCUUUGCGUGUAUGACGGUGCCCGAGAAGCGCAAUAAGGAGGUUGUUCAGAAGUUGGAGUACAUCCUCCCUGGAUACUAUACCGUCUAAAUGCUGAUAGCACAAGACAAAAAAUAAAGUAAAAAAGAAGACAACAUAGAGACUUG